UUGCGGGCAACCAACUACUGAAUAUUCAUGAGUUGCAAAUUUAUGAAAACCAAGCUUCAGAGGAGAAUUUUAAUUCCCCUGACUGUCUCAGUUAGCAACCAUCGCAUACUAGUUCUAGAAAAGAAAUAGCAACACACCAUCCUGCCCUCUUCUCCAAACAUUUUUAUACCCUCAUCCAGCACAACACAAUGGCAAACAGCUUGUUGUUAACGUCAUUGCAAAGUCAAAGAAAGUAGGAGAAGGAAGCAAAGGAAGGCGAGGAGGAAUCGGCGAUAGCAGAAACAUCGAUUGCUGCAUCUGCAGCCCCAUGGCCUCCAUGUACAUGCUUCCAAGGACCGCCGUCUGUGCUCCCUGCUAUGAAGGUGCCAAGGCCAUCAUCGCCUUCCUGAGCAGCGACGAGCAAGAAGAAGAUGAUGGCCAUGGGUCUGUCAAGUCCCGCGGCUCGAUCAAACCUAACAGCUCAACCAAGGGGAUGAGAGAUGCAUGGGAGGGGGUGAAGGAGAUGAGAAACAGGGAGGAGGAGGCCAGCCACAGGGCUGCCUACCUUCAACAAGGCUUGGCGCUGGCGUGGGAGGAGGGAAUCCACACCGAUAUCGUCGUGAAACCUGGCACUGGGGGCCCAAUUCCAGCCCACAAAGUCAUCCUGGCCGCGAGGUCGAAGGUGUUCCGUCACAUGCUGUCCUCUGACGAGCACUGCAAAGCCCCUGCCGACGACUCCAUCUCCCUCCCGGAUCUCUCCCACGACGGCCUCUCCCUCUUCCUUGCCUUCCUCUACACCGGCGCCCUCGACCAGGACCUACCGGAGCGCCACCUGCACGCGCUCCUUAUCGCCGGCGACAAGUACGACGUCCUGUUCCUGCGGAGGGCCUGCGAGGCGCGGCUCGCGGUGCAUGUGGAGCCCCGGAACACGCUGCGGACGCUGGAGAUCGCGAAUGCAUUUUUGGAUAUCACGAUGGCGUUUAUAGAAGUUCGAGAAUAUGAAGAUCAGACACAAAAUUCCGCAGCCACAGAGAUUGAAUAG